AUGGAUUCCGAGAGACAGAAUGCAGAAUUAGACCAUAUUUUUGGACUAGGUGGGACUGUUGAAGAAGCAGGAGUUAAGAAGGAGGAUCCUAUUGUUGCAGCCAAUCGUUUUUUACAUGAAAGGGAGGAAGAGCAGAAGACAAUUAGGCGUUCACAAGCAAUCCUUGCAAAAUUGGAAAAUGGAGACGAAGAUGAUGAAGAUGAUGAUGAUGAUGAUGAUGAUGAUGAUGAUGAUGAUGAUGAUGAUGAUGAUGAUGAUGAUGAUGAUGAUGAUGAUGAAGAAGAAGAAGAAGAUGAUGAAGAUGAUGAUGAUGAUGAUGAUGAUGAUGAGGAAAGUGAUAGUGGUAAUUAUAGCAAUGAUAAAAGAAUGAAAGAAGCGCAGGUGAAUAGCGAUGAAAGCAUAGGGGAUGAAAGUGAGGACGAAGAUCCAAUGGACAAAUUACUCCGAGAACACGGUCUCACUAUAGACGACGUUCCACUUGAGCUGACGCUCAAUGAACAGCGGAAACUUCUUGUUGAUUCUAUGGACGAGGAACAACUUACGAGAUACGAGUUUUUCCGUCGUACCAAUCUCAACAGUGGUGGAAUUAAAAAACUCGUGAAUGCUGUGUGCAGUGUCUCUGUAAACAACGACUUUGCCAAGCUCCUUGCCGGAGUGGGGAAAGUCUUUGUUGGAGAGAUUGUCACAUUGGCAAAGGAGGAGCAACGUCUACAACAGGAGAGACGUGUGAGAGAAAUACUUACCGAGUUUGAGAAGAUUCCUGAAAGCCAAAAGCAGCAACAAUUACAACAAUUACAACAAUUACAACAAUUACAACAAUUACAACAGCUAACACCAGAACACAUUCGUGCGGCGUGGUAUAGAAGGUCCGCACAACAUCGAAAUAAGAGCCGCAUCCAUGGUGUUAAAAUACCUCACGCGAGGUCCACAAACCGUAGAGGGAAAUCGCUUUUCUAG